CCUGACCAUCCCUCGCUACAGCUGCCCCUGUGCCGCCCGACCGCCUGUACAGAAAAAUGUGGUCGCUUCUGAUGGAAUUGCUCGCGCUCGGAGGGCUUCUUUCCGGCAUUCACUGGAAGGUGAAUCUGGGAGUGAUGUCCCUGUUUUUUUACUAUUCGAAUGAGCGCUCGGUUCUCCAUCGCGAGCUCAUAGAGAUGGUCUAUUGGGCGUUGAUGUAUGCUUGGCACCACCAGAGACCGCAGCCGAGAAAUUCAAGAUUCACUUCACCAAGGUUUGGAUUUAUUUUCAUUGGACUUCAUGAUUUACCCAUCCUUCAACUUGGGGCCUUCAAGUCGAUCUUUGGAUCUUUGGCUGACUUGAUCAUCGCGUGUGUCUUCAGCCUUUGUGGGGUUUGGGCCCAUACCACGGCUCAGAACGAUCGGCUUCAAUCCUCGAUCCAGGAGCUCGACCUUCGGAUGCUGGUGGAUAAGCAGCAUGUGGAGACGGGCGCCUCGCGUUUCACCGUCUAUUGUAUUCAGAAUCUCAUCAGCCAGCGGAGUACCUCUUCGGGUCAGCUGCAACGGCUGGUGGGAAAGCUUAGAGAGAUGGCUAUGGGCAAGAUGCAUUGGCUUGAAGAGGAGGUCUUGCAAGCUCUGGAGUCCUGCUGUCACGGUUCGGAUGGUACGUCACCUCCGGACGAUUUGCUCUACGUCCUGAACUGUUCAGAGGUUGACCUGCCUCAAUUCUUAGCCUUGACCAGUAGCGAUCAGGUCAUCCACCUCUUCCGGAAGCACGUGGUGCACAUGGACACCGUGACCAAGACGCGGCUGGUGGAUGCGCUCCAACGGCAGCACGACUUCUACGUGAACCGGCUCCAACAGGAGUUGGUGGUGGAGCUGCUGGAGAGCACCGUUGGGGACGAGCUUCGGAUGAUGAAAGACAUCCUGGACGAGGGUGGAGACUUUUACAACCUACACAAGCUGGUCUUCCACGAUCUGGACCCUGAAAUGUAUUCCAAGGCGCUGAGCCAUAUCCAGAAGGAGGGGCGCCAUCUGGCCAAGCAGUACGACCCGGGGCAGGCGCCCAUGAAGAUUGUGAGUGACGUGGACGACACCCUCUAUGGGAGUGCCCAGGGCGGCAGAAUGGGAGAGAAGCGUCUUAAACAUCGAUGCAGUUACCUUCUCGAGUGACUCAGACAGGCGCAAAAACUAUCUCUGUUCAUCUCUUCAUAGCUCCAAAGACCGGACGAACUCUCUCAGUUUUUGCCAGUCUUGCUGCAGAGAGCUUCUACUUCUACGGGGCUGACAGGGCCGACGAUGGUUUCUGACAUCCCUUCGAAAUUAGUACCGACAACUCAAGGAUAGGUGGCCAGUGAAGAAUACCAAAGCGAUUCCCUUGUCGACUGGACAUCCCUUGCACUUGAGCUUGGCGUUUUGAACCUGGUGAAAUCCACCAGGUCUUGACUUGUUUUUCGUUCAAACGAUCUGUGAGAUUUUCAGAGUCAUCGGGCGCACUCCCUUGGCUUGGAAACAACCGCGCUUGGCGACGGCAAAGCUGAGACGAGCUGGAAGGCGGUGGACACUUCCCCGCGGGCU